AUGCCACAGAGCUUCACGCCGAACCUUCUGUUUAACAUGUACCUCCCAGAUCCAACAGAAAAUGUGUUAAAGGAAAGUAAAAAUUCCUCCUGGACCCCCAUCAAUGCAGGAGUACAAAAAGGAAGUGGACAGAUCCAGCUGUGGCAGUUUCUGCUGGAGCUUCUCUCGGACAGUUCCAACGUCUCGUGCAUCGCGUGGGAGGGCGCGAGUGGCGAGUUUAAACUGACCGACCCGGACGAGGUGGCCCGGCGCUGGGGGGCACGCAAGAGCAAACCCAACAUGAACUACGACAAGCUGAGCCGGGCCCUGCGGUACUACUAUGAUAAAAACAUCAUGAGCAAAGUUCACGGCAAACGCUACGCCUACAGAUUUGACUUCCGGGGCCUGGCGCAGGCCUGCCAACCAUCGUCUUCAUCCACUGCUUCUUCCUCAACCUCGUCAUCCUCUGAGGCGCUGUAUACUCUCCACACCAACUUCGCCUCGAUUCCAUUUUCAGGAAUCUCCAAGCUGAACCUGGUGGCUCCCGGGGUGAGUCCUGCUGGGUUCCCGUACUGGACCGGGUCUGGUCCGGCUCUGUACCCGAGCCACAGCCUGCAGCCACCCGGGCAUUUCAGUGCCGCCCAUCUCAGCUGUGUGAACAACAUCAACCACCUGAACAACCUCAACAAUCACUAUAAUUGA